GAAGUCCGACGGGGACCCUUUCGGGGACGGACUGCCGGACUGACGGAGGGUAGUCCCGGGUCCGCAAGGUGAUUCAGAAUCCGGAUGCCCAGGCCUAAUGUAGCAGCGAAGUGAGUGGGGUUCCUUUGCCGGGUCGUCCCGGGGAGUGUGUAUUGUUUGGCCUGAAGUGGCAGUGGCACGGGCUGUAAACACUGAGCGACCGGAAGCCUUCUCGCGGGGCAUUUAAUCCCUGCGUGACCCCGCCUCAGGCGUAGCGAAAGCGUUAUUCGCCCCGAAGCGGCGGGCUGACUCCCGCUCCCAGCGCGCCGCGGCUGCCCCGGGCCGGAGCCCGGGUUCGAGGCGAAACCACACCAGGGCCGUCAUUUUUCUACAAUGACUUCUUUUUACCUUUCGGAUAAAUUCCAAGGCUGACACCUCCUACAUUCAGCCCUUUCCACCAACGCAGCCACGUUUUUCCAGCAUCUCUUUUCAGAUUCCAUGAUAAGAAUAUCCUAGCUGCGAAAGAACACCGAAUUGGGAGUCAGACAGCCUGUCUUCUAGGCCUGACUGUCAUUAAUUGGUGGUAUGACAUUGGAGAAAUCUUUUUGACGUCCCUGGACUCUUCAUUUUCCUUUUCUGUGAAAUGAGGAGCUUGGAAUAAAAGUAGCAAGGGAAACAUGAACCAGAAGAUACUGAAAUUGGAGAACUUGCUACGAUUUCACACUGUCUUUAGGCAGCUGCACAGCCUAGGUCAAAGAAGAAUGUUAGCACAGUGGAAUCAUGUGUUUUCAUCUGCUUACCCGGUGUGGACAGCUCAGCUCUGCAUCCGGCCCUGGCAAACAGACCCGCUCAUUGGGGUGGUUUUAUCUCAAUAUAGGCUUCUAGUAACAAAGAAGGAAGAAAGAUCACAGAAAUCUCAGUUAUUUUCAACAAAAUCCAAAAAGGAUGUGGAGGUAUGGAUUGGAAUGACUAUUGAGGAACUGGCCAGAGCAAUGAAAAAAGACGUAGAUUAUGUAUAUGAAGCUUUAAUGAACACUGCUAUUGACAUAGAUUCACUAGAAGCACACUCACGUUUAGAUGAAGUCUGGAUCAAAGAAGUGGUAAAGAAGGCAGGGAUGAAGUUAAAAUGGAGCAAAUUAAAACAGGACAAAGUCAGAGAAAAUAAAGAUGCUGUAAGAAGGCCUCAGGCAGAUCCAGCUUUAUUAACCCCAAGGUCCCCAGUUGUUACUAUAAUGGGCCAUGUUGAUCAUGGGAAAACGACGUUACUUGACAAACUGCGAAAAACUCAAGUGGCAGCAAUGGAAGCUGGAGGCAUCACUCAGCACAUUGGUGCCUUUCUUGUCACUCUGCCUUCUGGGGAAAAGAUAACCUUUCUUGAUACUCCAGGACAUGCUGCUUUCUCAGCAAUGAGAGCCAGAGGUGCUCAGGUCACUGACAUUGUUGUAUUGGUUGUAGCUGCAGAUGACGGAGUGAUGAAACAAACUGUAGAAUCUAUUCAGCAUGCCAAAGAUGCUCAAGUUCCUGUCAUCCUUGCCAUAAACAAAUGUGACAAAGCUGAGGCUGAACCUGAAAAAGUGAAAAAAGAACUGCUAGCUUACGAUGUGGUCUGUGAGGAUUAUGGAGGCGACGUCCAAGCAGUGCACAUCUCUGCACUCACGGGUGAUAAUCUGAUGGCUUUGGCAGAGGCAACGAUUGCUUUGGCAGAAAUGUUAGAAUUGAAAGCAGACCCCACUGGUCCAGUAGAAGGAAUAGUAAUAGAAUCUUUCACAGACAAAGGACGAGGUCCUGUUACUACAGCUAUAAUUCAAAGAGGAACUUUGAGGAAAGGCUCAAUUCUGGUUGCUGGAAAGAGUUGGGCAAAAGUACGCUUAAUGUUUGAUGAGAAUGGAAAAACUAUCCAUGAGGCCUGUCCCAGCAUGCCAGUGGGAAUUGUAGGCUGGAGAGACCUCCCUUCUGCAGGAGAUGAAAUUCUUGAAGUAGAAUCUGAGCCAAGGGCACGCGCAGUUGUUGACUGGAGGAAGUAUGAGCGAGAACAGGAGAAAAAUAAAGAGGAUCUGAAAAUAAUAGAAGAAAAGCGAAAGGAACACCAAGAAGCACAACAGAAAGCCCGUGAGAAGUAUGGCAAUAUGCACUGGAAGGAGAGAUCAUUUCUAAAGUACCAAGAAAAAAAAGAACAAAAACACUUACAGUCAAAAGAGAAAGAAGAAAGGGAUUCACACGUACUUCCUAUAAUUAUUAAAGGUGACUUCGGAAAGAUUGUACUUUACAACUCAUAUCUGGAUAUGAGUGAUGUUGAUGGUUCCGUCGAGGCUAUUGUGAACAUUAUGGAUACCUAUGACGCUUCACAUGAGUGUAAACUUGAAUUAGUACAUUUUGGUGUGGGUGAUGUCAGUGAAAAUGAUGUUAACCUUGCUGAAACAUUUCGUGGUGUUAUAUAUGGCUUCAAUGUGAAUGCAGGCAAUGUUAUCCAGAAGUCUGCUGCAAAAAAAGGAGUAAAAAUUAAACUUCACAAAAUCAUUUACCAUCUGAUUGAGGAUUUGCAGGAGGAAUUGAGCAGCAGAUUGCCCUGCACUGUGGAAGAGCACCCAAUAGGUGAGUGUUCACUGAAUGUUAAACAUUCAUAUCUUAGGUGCUGUAAGUAACACUUUGAAAGCAAAGUUUAGGGGAAAAUGUAAAUCACUGUUGAAAUACCUUCACUGUUCCAAUAUAUAGCCUUUGUUCUAGAAAAAAAUUACUAUAGAUCUAUUCAGUGUAACUUCAUAUGUAUUAUAAACAUCUGCUGUCUGCCUCAUGUGCUUCUGCCCUGAGGAUACAAAGGCCCUGAAGUUUAGACAUCAACAACUAAUUGUAGUACAAAUUAGACUGGGAUGGGAGGGGAUAAAGAUUAUAUAUAGGGUUGUGGAGGAAGCCAUUGAUUUUUGUCCUGGAAACUGGCAGGGAAAUCCACCAUGAGAAGAAAGUUUACUUUACAUUUAA